UCACACUUCUUUUUCUUUUACCUUUUAGUUUUUCUGAUAUUCCAGAAAUACCCAUCCUCUGUCACCUUCUCCCCCUCAGCUGCAACCCCACUCCCGCGGCCGCACCGCCUCAACAACGCCAAAGAGAUCUCUGCAGGAAUCCUCACCUUGUUGGAUGUCUCUUUCAUAUUAAAGUUCCUCAGGCCAUCUAAAGUAAUCCAAUCAAAUUCUACCCGCUUUGCUGAGGCGGCAGGCUUGACUGUCUUUGAUAGCACACUGUUGUCAAUGUAAUGGGGCCUCUCUUGAGUUUCUUUUUAUUAUAUAUAGCAAUCCAAUUACGUCUCUGAAUCUAUCUCAAGAACUUCAUCUAGGAUAUGAAGAGUACCAUAUUAUUGGCCUAGCGUUAAUGUAUUGUUUCUUCAUCUUUUUUUUAAGUUUGUUUGGUGGUUGACAGGGUAGGAAAUAACUUUCAGUGUUCAUAAGCUGCUUAUUAAUGGCUCUACCUUGAACUAGAUUCAUUAUCUAAACCAUCUUGAAUUUUUGCUAAUUUGUGUCAUGUAAUCCAAUCAAAUUCUACCUGCUUUGCUGAGGCGGCAGGCUUGACUGUCUUUGAUAGCACACUGUUGUCAAUGUAAUGGGGCCUAUCUUGAGUUUCUUUUUAUUAUAUAUAGCAGCAAUCCAACUGCGUCUCUGAAUCUAUCUCAAGAACUUCAUCUAGGAUAUGAAGAGUACCAUAUUAUUGGCCUAGCAUUAAUAUAUUGUUUCUUCAUCUUUUUUUUUAAGUUUGUUUGGUGGUUGACAGGGUAGGAAAUAACUUUCAGUGUUCAUAAGCUGCUUAUUAAUGGCUCUACCUUGAACUAGAUUCAUUAUCUAAACCAUCUUGAAUUUUUGCUAAUUUGUGUCAUAUAGUACAUUAGUUGGGCGGAGGUUGUCUAGGUUUGCUUCAUCAAGUCUAUCUUUAGGCUUGAGAUAUAAAAUAUCUAAAUAAGCUUUAAGAUCCCUUUAAAUUAAUUUACAAAUAGAUUGAAACAUAUAGUGAUAUUUAAUUUAAUUUAAUUAUUCAUACAUUUUUCUCUGGAGGCUCCUGUGGUACUAUCAUGUAAGUAAUAAAUUUUUUUGGAAAUGGAAGUGUUGAUAUUAAGACUUUGCUUCAAAAUGAGCCUAAUUGAGCUAAGCUGGUCCUGGUAAAGAACUUUCUGUGAUGAUUUGAAUGUACAUUAAAAGUAGUUUAGUUCAUCUAUUGAGCAGUUGUACUGCAGUAGAUUAUGAACUAUAAGCCAUAACUUCUCUGACAGUUACCUAGGUUUGUCUCUUUUGUGAAAAGUCUGUUUACAUCCAGAAAAUAUAUUGCACUUGCAUGUAAUAUUUUUAUGUUCAUCUUCAUUCUAAAUGUUAUGAUCGCUAGUGGUGAAGGUAGAAGUGCUAUAAUCUUCAAUGGCUAUAACUUGAAAAAAGGCCCUUGUUUAUUUUCUUCUCUCAUCUAAUUGUUUCUCAAUAUCUUGUAGUAUUUAGAAGAGAAGAUAUUUGUAUCUUUCUACCUUUUUGGGCUUUUGAUAUGUAGCCUCUUUCAGAGGAUGAUUGUUUGCCUGCAAUGGCUCAGGAUGUCAUGAAACUUCUGUUCCAUGAUUGUUUGCCUGCAAGGGCUCAGGUAGAUUAUCGUGGCUAUGAAGUAACAGUGGAAAACUUUUUACGGGUACUUACAGGACGUCAUGAAACUUCUGUUCCAAGGUCCAAGAGUCUUCUUAGUGAUGAAGGAAGUCAUAUUCUUCUGUAUAUGACAGGGCACGGGGGUGAUGAGUUUUUGAAGUUUCAGGACUCAGAAGAGCUUCAAAGUCAUGAUUUAGCUGAUGUUGUGAAGCAAAUGAAAGAGAAGCAUAGGUUUAAGGAGCUUCUAAUAAUGGUGGACACCUGCCAAGCCUCUACCCUGUUCUGCCAGCUUCAUUCGCCAGGUGUUUUGGCAAUUGGAAGUAGUAUGAAAUUAGAGAAUUCAUAUUCACCUCAUUUGGACUCAGAUGUUGGUGUUUCAGUUGUUGAUCGCUUUACAUUUUACACUCUUGCUUUCUUUGAGAGGCUGAAUAUGAAUGACAAUGCUUCAUUGAGCGGCAAAGGAUAAUCCUAGAAUUCGACUAGGGACCUCCCAAAGAAAGGAUGAAGAGAGGAAAAGGAUUCUAUUAUUUUCUCUGCUCUCUAUUACAUACUAAGCAUCCCUUAUAUAGAGGCACUAGCCAAUUUAAAGGUCAGGAAGCAACAUGGUGACUGCAUAUUCCCUAUGGACCAAUAUCCUCCUGCGAGCUCAACACUUCUGUUAGAGGGAAUCCACUAGGUGCUUGACGAUUCUGCAUUUGGGUCGUUGGUUUGUGCCCUCAGUGGUGCUUUGCUGGUUUGUUUUCUCCCUCAACAUUUUGUGGUCCAUCAAAACCAGCUUGUCCUCAAGGUGUUGGGGCUUCAAACCAUGGCUUCCAAAAACAGUACCGAGAUCCCAAAUUAAAGUGGGUGUAGGAAUGAGUGAAUGUAGAUUAGUGUGGCAGAGACAAAGCCAUUUGGCAGCAUCGAGAGUGGCGUAGAGGGUGAGGAGGAAGGGGUGGUCCAACUCCUUGUUCCUGACCUUGGUGGUGAACAUGACAGAAAGCGAUAAGCGGAAGUCGGAGGGAAGGAUGCGACGGCUGGGGAACUCCGAGCGGAUCCGAUGGAUGGCGGCCCAGUAUGGGUUGAAGGAGGACGCGUGGGACUUGCUGUUAGCGAGAAGGUAGGAAGCAACAAUGGGGAACGGAGCUAGCUUGGGUGUGAGACUUGGUUGCAUGGGUGCAAGGCAUGGAAUCGAAGUCAACAUGGGAAGUGGAAUCGAUAUGGGGGCAUCUGUUGGUGGUGACUUCGCAGGGGAAGAAGAUGGAAAGUGUUGAGUGGCAUCGCGAAGGGCCAGCCGCUGAAGAAGGUUGGCCAGUUUGGUCACCAUGGCGUCUACGACAGCAGUGAGUUUGAGUUGAGUGGAGGUGAGUUCCGCGAUGGUUGCUUCAAUGCGGUCCAUAGCGGAGUCAGUCAUUGAUGCUCAAUGAAAGCACCAAAUGUUAUGAACAGCAAAGGAUAAUCCUAGAAUUCGAGGACUAGGGACCUCCCAAAGAAAGGAUGAAGAGAGGAAAAGGAUUCUAUUAUUUUCUCUGCUCUCUAUUGCAUACUAAGCAUCCCUUAUAUAGAGGCACUAGCCAAGGGUGCUGCUACGGAAACAGAAGGUGCUAGAAUGCGAAAAGAAAAUAACAGAAAAAUAGAAAUGGCGACAAUGCAGUGCUGCACGAUGGGAAGCAACAUGCGGACAACAUAUUCCCUAUGGACUAAUAUCCUCCUGCCAGCUCAGCACCCUCUAACGGAAUCUAUUAGAGGGAAUCCACCUAGUGCUUGAUGAUUCUACGUUUGGAUCGUUGGUUUGUGCCCUUAGUGGUUCUUUGCUAGUUUGUUUUCUCCCAACUAACACUGAACUUUUAAAUUAUUUUAAAUGAGAUGCAUUGCUCACAAAACAAUUUAUACAACAUUUUCUAUCUCUAUCUUGCUCCUCAUCAUUUUUUACAUCUCAUUUUGCUCUCAUAAAAUUUGUUGUACAAAUAAAUUUCUCAUUUUUAAUUGGAUCCCUAGGUUAGGGUUUUGUUGAAUUGGACAAAGUAUUCUUGACCCCUAUUAAAAUACAUAACCAGAUAAGUUGCUUCGCGUACCUGAGAGUGUUCCCAACAUAGCAUCAUGUGUAGAUUGGAUUCCUUUCGUGAAAUUUAGUGAUUUAUUUCAUUAAUAAAGUAUUUCUAUCGUAUGUUGUCUAUACAAUGUGUUUCAUCAUUUACCUCCAUUCAAGUAUCAUAUUUAUUCUAUAGAUCAUUUUGUUAAGCUAUUACCUGAGUACCCGAGCGGAAUAGUAAAACCACAAGCAAAAUUCUACUCACAUAGGGGCCAGUAGGUUAUUUUAGUGUUUAUGCUUAUGUAAGUCUAUAUCAUUUAUCAUGCAUUACUGUCAUUUCAAAAAUUCAAAAGUUUUGGCCGUGUAUAUUUUUCUUUGUGCUGAACUAUAGAUGGAUGAUUUAGUUUAUGUUCAAUAUAAACACUUGGAAGCUUCACCACCUUUAAUGUGCGAGAUUAGUAGAUUGAAUUGCAUCAGCUUUAGGGGAAAAGGCCAAUCAGUCAAAUCCAAAUGAUUUUCAUAGGUUAUGUUUAGCCCUAAUUUUUGGCUUGAAAGCUAUUUUAAAUUUAAAGCUUAAAAGAAGUAGAAGUUGUUUGACAAUUUUAGCUUUAGAACUCAUUUCAAACUAAGCUUCAUUUCAUUGUCCCACAUUGAUUUGUUCAGGAUGAGAGGGACAGGGAAGUUAUGCAUCUUUUUUU